UCAGUGCCGGUGCAAGUUCCAUUCAGACAAGUCCUGAUCGAGACCGGCUUUCCUAGCAAAUGACUGUAGUUUAAAACGACUGCACCAUCUUCAGAAUGCAGUUACUUAAUCGGAUUGUACCUGCAGUGGCCGUCCUUUUCUUAGCAACUCUCGUCUGGGGAUGUGAUUCUCGAGAUGAAACGGCACCGGAUAACCGAGCCCGAUACGACCAUUUCCGGUUGGUUAGGGUAUGGUUGGAAACGGAACAGCAAGUGACCGCGAUGCAGGAACUGGAGAACCGGAGCGACAGUUAUGCCUUCAUGGGCCACGCCAGGCACCCGAACCAGAAUCUGACCAUCAUGGUGGGACCGCAGAAGAUUGCCGAGAUGGCCGAUCUGCUGGAUCGAUUCGAUAUCCGGGGAACGGUUUUGCUCAACAACAUUCAAGACCUCAUCGAUCGGGAGCAAGCCACGAUUAAAGCCAAAGGAACUCCACCGGAGCAGUUCGAUUGGAUUCAUUACUUCCAUUUGGAUACAAUCCACAAGUGGCUGGAUCUACAGGCUUCCAAAUAUCCAUUCCUGACGGUAAUCCCAUUGCAAGCGAGCUACGAAAGCAAUCUUAUCAAGGGUAUUAAAAUGUCCAAGAAGGAGGGAAACACCGCCGUAUUUGUUGAAUGUGGAAUUCAUGCCCGGGAGUGGAUUAGUCCGGCUGUUUGCACUUAUCUACUGAAUGAACUGUUGACGUCCGAGGUUCCGGAAGUACGAGACCUAGCCGACAAUUUCGAUUGGUUCUUCUUUCCGGUGGUAAAUCCAGAUGGCUACAAAUACACUUUCGAGUCCGAUCGACUAUGGCGCAAAAAUCGCAAACCUUAUGGUUUGUGUCGUGGUGUGGAUCUCAAUCGAAAUUUCGCCAGCGAUUGGAACGGAAUCGGGGCUAGCUCGGAUCCUUGCGCUUACGAUUUUGCUGGAGGGGCUGAAGCUAGUGAACCGGAAACACAAGUUUUGCAGAAAUUCCUGAAGGAAAACGUUGGGCCCAGUCGGAUUAAGACUUACUUCUCGAUGCACUCAUUUUCGCAACUUAUCAUGUUCCCAUAUGGGUAUACAACGGAUAAAGUGAACAACUAUGAAGACUUGAAGGCCAUCGGAGAGAGUGGAUCGGAAGCCAUCUUGCGAACGCACGGACAGAAGUACGUUUCCGGCGCCAUGAUUGAAACGAUCUAUCCUUCAUCCGGGGACAGUGUGGAUUGGGUGUAUGCCGAAUGUGGAGUUCCGGUUGCUUACACUUUUGAGCUUCGGGGACCUCCCGAGAGUACCAACCUGUUUGUGCUGCCUGCAGAAGAAAUCAUUCCAACUGGGCAAGAAAUCCUUGCAGCUUAUAUAGCAAUGCUGAAUACUGCAAGGAAUCUGGGCUAUUACUCAGCAGUGGAUCAAAAAGGGGAACUGUAGCUUUAAGAAAUAAAGUUUUGUUAUUAUGAA